AUGUAUCUCUUCCCGAUAAUCACAUUCACUUCGAGCUUUGUCUUUCCUCCACCACUGAGCCUUGCUGGCUGUGAUAGCUCGAACCACACCCUACGCGUGGUGUACUCGCCCAAAACUUACAUCGGGAGUCCCGACCGCAUUCCAGACCAGAAGCGGAGGAAACAAAGGUACGAGAAGGCGGGCCAGUCCCAUCUCUUUGCCUUUUGGGACACCUUGUCUGCCGAGCAGCAAGCCGAACUAGCUCAACAGCUCGACGAGCUCGACGUUACGCGCGUCAACCAGGUCUUCCACACCGCCAUCAAGGCAGACGAAGAAGCGAGGGCUGGCAAGUCGCACGAGGUGCAGCCACCGCCUCCGUCGUCCGUCGAGAACACCAUCGAAGGUGAGGCAGACCCAGCCAAGGUGGAACACUUCAGAAAUGUCGGCCUCGACGCAAUUGCCCACGGUCAGGUUGGUGUCCUGCUGAUGGCCGGUGGUCAGGGAACCCGUCUCGGCUCGAGCGCUCCCAAGGGCUGCUAUGAUAUUGGCCUUCCCUCCCACAAGAGUCUCUUCCAGAUUCAAGCGGAGCGUAUUCUCUCCUUGCAAAAAAUUGCCGCCAAGCAUGCCACCAGCUCUUCGUCGUCUUCCUCCAGCUCUUCAAGCAGUGGCGUCGUCAUCCCAUGGUACAUCAUGACUUCCGGGCCCACACGCAAGGACACCGAAGCCUUCUUCGCCCAGCACAACUACUUUGGCCUCGAGAAGCACAACAUCAUCUUUUUCGAACAAGGCACCCUUCCCUGUCUUUCGCUUGAAGGCAAGAUCCUGCUCGAGACUCCGAGCAAAGUCGCAACGGCUCCGGAUGGCAACGGAGGCCUCUACCGUGCCCUCCGCACGCCCUACAACAAGGGUCAAUCAGAGACCGUCGUGUCCGAUCUUGAGAAGCGCGGCAUCAAGUACCUCCACGCGUACGGCGUCGACAACUGCCUUGUCAAGGUAGGCGACCCCGUCUUCCUCGGCGUCUGCUUGGAACAGGGUGUCCAGGCCGGUGUCAAGGUGGUCAAGAAGGAGAAUCCGAAAGAGUCGGUCGGCGUCGUCGCACUUCGAGAUGGCAAGUUCGGCGUCGUAGAAUACUCCGAGAUCCCGGAAGCCUUGAGCGAAGCCCGUGAUGCCAACGGCGAACUCUCCUUCCGAGCAGCCAACAUCGUCAACCACUUCUACACCACCAAGUUCCUCUCCGACGACGUACCUGCGUUCGAGCCCGAGAUGGCCUUCCACAUCGCUCGCAAGAAGAUCCCCACCGUCGACCUCAGCACCGGUCAACCGAUCAAGCCCUCCACACCAAACGGCAUGAAGCUCGAGCUGUUCGUCUUCGACGUCUUCCCGUUCUGCGGCGACAAGCUCGCCGUUCACGAGGUUGCGAGACGGGAAGAGUUCAGCCCGCUCAAGAACGCGAAGGGCACCGGGGUGGACGAUCCGGACACUUCUCGCCGCGACCUCCUCGCGCAGCAGUGCAGGUGGCUGAAAGCGGCCGGAGCAAAGGUCGCAGAUGGCGCAGAAGUGGAGCUCAGUCCUUUGCUUACGUAUAGCGGCGAGGGACUCGACAGGUUUGCAGGACAGACUCUGUCCGACUCUGGCAAUGUUGAGCCUUAG